CACUCCCCCAGAUGUUGAAAGACAUAACUCUGCUAACAGAGCUAGCUUCCGGUUGAGCAAGCUAUAAAAUGAGUUUCAUCGCGGCCUCUCUCCUCAGAACCACCCGAGUCGUUCAGAGCAUCAGAAGGCAGCUUCACUACUCUCCAGUCACCAAAAUGCCAAUUCAGAUCGGUGAAUCUCUUCCUGCAGUGGAGGUGCAGGAGGGCGAGCCAGGAAACAAGGUGGCCAUGGAUCAGUUUUUUAAGGGCAAAAAGGGACUUCUGUUUGCUGUCCCUGGAGCUUUCACUCCUGGCUGCUCCAAGACUCACCUGCCAGGCUUUGUGCAGAAAGCUGAAGACUUGAGGAGCAAAGGUAUCGAGGAGAUUGCGUGCAUUUCUGUCAAUGAUGCGUUCGUCAUGGCUGCAUGGGGAAAGGAGCAUGGAGCCGAUGGCAAGGUUCGAAUGCUGGCCGACCCCACAGGAGCCUUUACGAAGGCAGUUGACCUUCUGCUCGACACUGAUCAGGUUGUGCAGAAACUGGGCAACAAGCGCUCAAAGAGGUAUGCAAUGUUGGUGGAAGACGGCGUUGUGAAGAAGCUCUACGUGGAGCCUGAUGGCAGCGGGCUGACCUGCAGUCUCGCUCCCAACAUUCUGUCUGAGCUGUAGGCUUACUCUGAGCUUACUGACCCAAUUACCUCACCCUGAGUUAAUGUGAACGUUACCAUAAUACCUCCCUCCAGCUUGGUCACUCUUCCCAGACGUGGAUGCUAGUGACGGCUGGAAGAUUAUUAAUACGCACAGUUAUGACUAAACUUUUCUGAGUAUUCUAUCU